AUGAGUGAGAAUCGCAGCACUUCUCCCCCCAAGGGCCGCGUUGGCUCCCAAAGCGUGUUUGGAACAAAGGCUUCCCUGGUAGCCAACACAGUUCGUGCUCGGAUUGGGGGCAGGUUUGCUGCUCUCCACAUCCCGCAAAGCGAGGCAGAAAAGCUUGAGCGGGUGGCCAAGGAUGCAACAGAGCAAAGAAAGCUGAGGGCUUUGCCAGAGGCAGGCUUGUCGCUGGAGUACGCUUAUGGCUUUAAUGGCCGAAGAUGCCAAAACCUGUACGACCUCGGCCAGCUGUCUUAUUGCUAUAGCGUGGCUGCCUUGGGGGUGGUAUGGGACGACGAAAAAAAAGAGCAGCGGAUUUUUCAGGGGCAUACAGCCGAGAUCACAGCAAUGGCAUGCUGCAGUCGGUCACGGCGGAUCGCGACGGGACAGAAGAUGGCACCGGGGGAAACGUCCGCGAGCAUCUUACUGUGGUCUGCAGAGGAACUUCCAGUUCCGAGCAUGAGGCAACAAAUCUUAGGGCACAAUCAGGCCAUCUACUCUAUCGCCUUCUCGGCAGAUGGGCGAUGGCUGCUGUCUGUGGCAGCUGAAGAACGUGGCCAAAAGCCCUCGAAGAACGAGCUGAAGGCCAAUACCUCGCCCCUUUGCGCUUGGCGCAUUGACGACAUGCCGGCCAAAGGCCCGGCUCGUCAGAUCCGCGCGCCGCAAACCCGUUUGCCCAUCAGGGAGAAAGUCCGCUUGGUGUCGCACCCGGCAGACAGCACACGCGUCAUGGCCUACGGUGGUCGGAAUGUCUACUUCAUCACCUGCAGCUGGGCCGCCAAAGAUGCUGCUCAGGGCGCCAAGAUUCUCACGCCGACACCUCCACCUCCGCACGAUACUGCUGGUGGCCCCUUUUACGGCUUCAAGACAGGCUGCUUCAUCUCGGGGUCAUCCGAUCUGGCUGUCGUUGGAACGGAUGGAGGAGUCUUUGUGAUUGAAGCCUUCUCUGCUGAUGGGCCCGUUUGCUUGCGCGGGCUUGCAAUUACCACCUUCGAGGUUCGCUUCUUGGUGCCACUGUCGUCAGGGGAUGUGGUCUGUGGUGGCUCUGGCGAGUCCAUUCUGCUGUUGCGUUCUGAUCUCUCAUCCACGCAGAUGAAGGUGGCCGGGCUGGCUCGGAAUAUUUUGGAUUUCGCCACAGCCACCCAGAUUGAGUCAACGGCAGGCCCACAGAUCUUAGCUGGAACUGUCAACGGUGCUCUUUGCCGAAUACGGAUGAAUGUGGGCGCUGGCUACGGCUCCGCAGAAUUGUUGCAGCAGUCGCCUUCUGGUAGGGCUGAGGUUAAGGCACUCUGCGUCAACCCGCGAAAUCCGAACCAAGUGGCCGUUGCAGACUCCAACGGCCUCAUUAUGUUCUUUGACUUAGACGUGCAAAGACUCAUGGAUGUUGCCAAUCAAUUUCGAGCAGCGGUGACAGCUAUGACAUGGGAUCCGAGUGGCUUGCUGCUGGCUGUAGGGCUUGAGAGUGGCCACUUGCGAUGCCUGAUCAUCGGAGAUCUUGAGGCCGGGAGGAUGUCGGAGCUUGACAUGGGCAGCCUCGGACUUCAGGAAACUGCGGCCGUCACUGCUCUCUGCUUCUCGCCCGGUCCUGGCGCUCUGCUAGCUGUCGGCUAUAGGGACGGGCGUGUUCAACUUUUACAAGUGCGUCGACCGCUGGUUGGAGGCACAAAUGGCUCCACCUUCCAGCUGGCUCCUCUCAAGGUACUGCAGGGCAACGCGAGUGCCGUCUUGUCUCUGCAGUUCGCGAAGGACGGCUCUGCUUUGGCCAGCAAUGCUCGAGACAGCGCCAUUCUGUGUUGGGAUGUGGAAACCGGCAAGUCAGUGCUGUCGAACUUCCCUGCAGACGUUUGGUUCGGGAAUGGGCACAGAUUCAGGUUGGCCAUGUCUUGGGCUAUGUGGGGUGCCUGGAACAAAGACAGCUACAGGUCCAGCACGGCAAUCAUCGCCGAGUCGCAGGGGGUGGCCAAGCUAAUGGCAGUUGGGGAUGAGGACGGCCUCGUCAAGCUGCAAAGGUUUCCGCUCUUUAUCCCCGAUGCUUUGGCCAAGGAGCACUUCGGCCAUUGCUCUCGGAUUGCUGGUCUUGCUUGGGCUGGUCCGGAUCGUCUCGUCACUGCCGGUGCGGGGUCGUGUGCACUCUUGCAGUGGCGCCUGGACACCAGCCGGCGCAAGCAGGAGGAGGUGGCGAGCAAGGAGACGUCUGGAGCUGUUGGAACGGCAUCGGUGAGGUCGGCGAAGAGCGCAGGUGCUGGCCGACGACUCGCCACAGCCUCCGGAGCAUCACAGUCUUCGACGGCGAGAAGCAAGUCGCAGUCCUCAACAGGAGGCCCAGCUCGGUCACGGCCAUCAGGCAACCUGCGAAGUUCCAGCCCAACGAGUCGUUCAAGUCGACAGCAGCGAGCGAGCGACUCGAUCGCCAGUGUGGCAUCCACACGGCCCAACAGCCGAAGCCGUGCCAGUUCUCGGCUGCGAGGUACCACCGCGACAGAGUCGAGGCAGUUUGCAUUCAAGGCCCGAACAGAGGAACGCUUCAAAGAUGCUUCGGUGCAGACGGACCCACCGAGCAUGGUGACCCAACGAAACAUCGUGACGUUGGCUCCCCCCGUCAACUAUGCGAACUAUCCUCCGGGCCGCUUCAUUGCUAUCAACCAGGAAGCCUUCGGUUCGUGGCAGGCACAAUCCCGCCCCACAUCGCCGAUCCGGUACGCAUCGCCACCAAGGCUGAUGUCAAUGCCUCCGGGGUUCGGCCAGCCGCUUCCUUACAUGUCUCCGCCAGAUGCCAAGCGGUCACCAUCCCUGGCGAUGGUGGCCGUUUCCCCUCCAAGUCUCCAAGAAGGAAGCUGUGGGACGGAUCUUGCUCAAGGCCUACCAGGAGUUGCAAGUCCAGCAGUGCCAACGGUGUUCCGAUAUGUUUCGGCAGCUUCGGCGUUGGCUCCAUCGAGUCCGUCUGCUGCCAGUCCUUUAAGGGCCCAGACGCCACCGCCCAUGCGCAUCUCCCCAAGGAUCUACCAGCCCGCGCCGGCGGCUACUCCCACAGAGCCUGUUGCGACGCUUACAAUGCCACCAUCUCGAAUGGGACUGAAGCUGCCAACGCCAGCGUCGACAAUCUCGGCCUGCAACAGCGGCGAUGUGUCGCACCUUUGCUGCAGCGCUCCGUAG